UAUAUUCAGCACUUCACACAGAGGAAGGAGGAUGAAUAAGCCUUUUGUUCUUUGCCUUUCAAUCUCCCUUGUAAGCUUUCGUGCGUUUGGGACGUUGUGCUUCAACAAGCUCUGGUUGAGGCCAUUCUUGGCCGUUUCAUGACUAGAAACAAUGUUCCCUCGAUAUUCCUGGGUAGCUAAGUCUCAAUUAUUAGCAGUAAUCUUCAUUAUCGUUGCCCUUGUUCAAGUUAGCUGCUUUUCUUUCAAUUUUCCAACCUUCCAACCCUCGGAUGAGCCAAAUUUAAUUUUGAGCAAGAACUCAAAAAUAUACCUGGACGCCAUCCAAGUAACCCCUGAUAUUCGUGGGGAGAUAAAAGAUUAUUCUGGCCGAGCUUUCUACAGAAGGCCAUACAGACUAUGGAGCAAGAGCAAAAACCAAACUGCUGAGUUUAACACCACCUUCGUGCUAAAUAUCAACAACCAAACUUCUCCGGGAGGUGAAGGCUUGGCCUUUAUAUUAACUGGAGACAUCACUCUUCCAGAAAACAGUGCCGGAGAAUGGCUUGGAAUCGUAAAUGCUACAACCAAUGGCACUUCUCAACCUGGGAUUUUGGCAGUAGAGUUCGACACGAGACAAAACUCCGAGGAAGGGCCCGAUAACCAUCUUGGUGUGAACGUCAAUAGUAUCAACUCCAUGACGCGCGUUUCACUACCAGACUUGGGGAUUACUAUUUCAUCGGGUAUAAAUGUCACGAUCAGAGUUCAAUAUGCUGAAGAUGUAAUAUCUGUCUUGGGUUCCAUGAAUGGAACUGCGAACAUGAAGACUCUGCUAACUUCUCCACCUCUCAAUCUAUCUUCAUAUCUACCAGAAGAGAUUUUCUUGGGUUUCUCAGCUUCAACAAGUAACUAUACAGAGCUGAACUGUGUGAGAGCUUGGGAAUUCUACGGUACAAGAAUUGCAGAUGAUGAUCCACAGCUGUUGUGGGUUUGGAUCACAGUUCCUGCAGUACUAUUGGUCAUCUUAGGCGGGGUGAUCUUCUUCUUGCUCUGGCAAAAGAAACGCCGUAUGGAGAUGUCAGACGAAGCGUACCCGAGAAUAGAGGAUCAGAUUCAGCACAGUUCUAUGGCCCCAAAGAAGUUCCGACUAGGAGAAAUCAGGAAAGCAACGGGGGGAUUCGGUCCUCAAAACAAGCUUGGGGAAGGUGGUUUUGGAACGGUCUACAAGGGGUUCUUGGGAGGCAACGAGGUUGCUGUGAAAAGAGUCUCCAAGGAUUCACGUCAAGGCAAGCAAGAGUUCGUCGCAGAAGUGACGAUAAUAGGAAGUCUUCAUCACAGAAAUCUGGUGAAAUUGAUCGGGUGGUGCUAUGAGAGCCGAGAACUCCUCCUUGUCUACGAGUUCAUGCCUAACGGGAGCCUAGACAACUACCUAUACGAUGAUGAGAAGCUUGGGGGCAAAGAUGGAUCAAUAUUAAGCUGGGAGACAAGACACAAUGCCAUAUACGGGGUGGCUCAGGCACUAGACUAUUUGCAUAACGGAUGUGAGAAAAGGGUGCUUCACAGAGACAUAAAAGCCAGCAAUAUACUGUUGGACUCGGACUUCACUGCCAAGCUGGGAGACUUCGGACUGGCUCGUACCAUUCAGAAGAGAGACGAAACUCACCACUCGACAAAAGCAAUUGCAGGAACACCCGGCUACAUGGCUCCAGAAACAUUCCUUACAGGGAGGGCCACAGUGGAGACGGAUGUGUAUGCAUAUGGCGUUGUUGUAUUACAAGUCGUGUGCGGAAUGAGACAAGGGAAUCUGUAUUCUCAGGUGGACGAGUACAAGAAUAACAUAGUGCACUGGGUUUGGGAGCUUUACGAGAAGGGAAAAUUACUAGCCGCAGUGGAUGGUAGAAUAAGAAAGGAAACAGAAGAGGAAAAGGUGGAAGAUGUGCUUGUUCUGGGUUUGGCGUGUUGUCAUCCAAACCCACACCACAGGCCUUCCAUGAGGACUGUUAUGCAGGUUCUUACGGGGGAAGCAGCUCCACCAGAAGUACCCAAGCAAAGACCUGCUUUUGUGUGGCCUGCCUUGCCUCCUUCCUUCACCCAUGACACGGAUAGCUCUGCUACAGGAAGCCAACUCGCUCCCUUCUUAGGAGACUUGGAGGUCACAGGCAGAUGAUUCGAAUUCAUGAUUUGUUUUGUAGAGCUGAUGAUUAAAAUGAUCCCAAGUGGUCUGGACGAUUCUUGUACCGACUGCUAUUUCUUCUUCUGCAAGAUUAGGUUGAUCAGCUUUUGAAUCGUAAAUUAUAGAAUUCUGUAAACAGUGAAAACAUCUUGAAACAUGCAACACGUGUACAAAUGAACCAUUGAGUUUCACGCGUUAUAUUGCCAGCAAUAUCCUAACAUAUGGUCUUGGCUUUCAAUUCAGGAGGCAUGGCAUGUGAUAAGAGCUAAAAAC